CUUGCUUUAUCUGUAGACAAAAAGAAGCUGGUGAUUGACAAUUUCCUGGAGGGAGGAACCUCCGACACCAUUUCAAAUCCCCAAAUCGACAGUCCGGUCGUCCCACUUGCCAAACUGAUCCUUGAGUUCGAAGAGAGAGACAGCGGUCUGAAUUUACAAGCGUCUCAGGUACUGGUGCGAGUCUGGAGGAGGAAGGACUCAAGCGAGGGAUGAUUCAGAGACUUGAGGUGGUGCAGUCGGUACUUGGGGACCUGCAAGAAGCUACAGAAUGCACUGGUCUGAAAAAACUCGUUGGUGUGGCCCGGGAUGCAGAAACGGCUCUGUCUCUGUUCCAUCUUCCAGACAGCCAUGGCCAGAGUAUUCCAGAGAAGAUUGAUGUAGACCCUGUUGCUAAAAGCCUUUACCCAGAAGAUGCUCCCAGUGAUAUGCUCCCACUGGCAUGUAAGGGUGAUGGCAACCUACUCUUUGAUGUUGCCAGCAUUCUUCUGGUGGGUAACACCAGCCUCAGCCUGGAGCUGCAAGUCAGAACAGUAGUGGAGAUGCUUCUUCGGAAACACUACUACUUGAAUGGCAUGAUCGACUCCAAAGUCAUGCUCCAGGCAGCCAAAUUUUCUCUCUGCACAGAGGAGUCUGCUGAGAAGAUGAAUCUCCCAAUGGCUGUGCUGGAGGCUAUUUUUGAUGCUGACGUCAAAGCCACCUGCUUUCCUGGCACGUAUGCCAACAUGUGGCAUAUUUAUGCCCUGGCAUCUGUCCUGCAAUGCAAUAUCUAUUCCAUUUACCCAAUGUACAACCUGAAGAUUCGUCCAUAUUUCAACAGACUGAUUCGACCCAGGUCUCGCCCUCCGGACUCCUGCAUGGCAACUUUGCAUAUCAUGUGGUCAGGAGAGCUACAGUCACAGUCUGUGUUCAAGCCUCAGCACUUUUUACCUGUUGUGCAGAUUGGGAUGCUUCAUACUGAAGGUGAGGAUCAGGGUUGUGCCUCGCCACUCAAGACCCUAGAGCUUUUGAGCCAGGACCCUCAGAUAUCUUACUCCAGCCUCAAGGACCGAUAUAACAUUACCAAGAGCACAUUCUACAGGUGGAAACGACAGACUCAAGAGCACCGAAAGAAGUCAGCCACCCGCUAUGAGGCCAAACACUUUUUGCAGAUGUGCUUCUUAGAAGGCAACCUGUUGCCUCUCAAUCAAUUUAAGGAGUUUUUUCCUGAAAUAUCCCGUUCCACAUAUUACGCCUGGAAACAUGAACUGCUGCAGAUGGGUGACUCGGUGGUCCCGGUCGGUGGCAAACACCUGGAUGAGUUGGAGCCAGAAGACUACUCGCCUCAAGGAAAGGACAGCCCCAAUGUUCAAGUUGGCCAGCCCCAGCAGAAUAUGCAGUUGAUGGUUGGAGAGAAGCUCGCUGGUGACCGAGCCCAGAAUUUUGCAUAUAUGCAGGAAGCCAAAAGACGUUUGCAGCAGUGUAUCGCUAUGAACAACCUGCUUCCAUACAGACACUUUAAAAAGAGUUUUCCUGGAAUUUCCAGGUCUACCUACUAUAACUGGCGGAGAGAGGCUCUUCUGGCAAACCCUGGCUUUAAAGAUGCUUUAGGAAGUAGUGAAGACAGCUUAGAUGCAGAGAAAAUGCCUAUUCCUAAUGGCCAGACCUCCACUGCAAUUUUGGGAUCAUCUUCUCCCGUUUGUGAUUUCAAGCCUCGUCGUCCGGUAGAAACAAACUCCCACAUGCUGUCAAAUGAGAGGAAAAAGAUGAGGGAUAGGGCUAAGAAAUUUGUCAGGCAGUUGAAUGUAUCCUUCUCAACGUUCAGGGUGAAGUUCCCAUCUAUUUCCCCAUCUUUCUUUUGGCUUUGGAAAAAGAGUAGUGCAGCCAAGACAUCUAAUAAAAGCUUGGACUGGAGCUUGGGCUUGGGUUUGUCACUUCUCAGCCCGUCACCUCUGUGUGAGCCCUCAAUGACGGAUAAUAGGGCCCUAGCACCCUUGUCAAAAGGCAAUGGGCAACUCGCUAAAAGCCCCCUUAGCCCCUACAAUGCCACUAUUUCCUCCACCUAUAGCUUCCCAGAAGGGUGUGCAGAUGAACAGGUCUUUCUCAUGGAUGUUGUGGCCCUGGCCAACUUCAAGGCCAAAGCAAAGCUUUUCCUGCAGCAACGCUUUGAAGAAAAGGCCUUUCCAACCUUCAAGGAGUUCCGGUCUUACUUCCCGCUCACACCACGCUCCACUUACUACAUGUGGAAACGGGCUCUGCACCACGGCCUGUCGCUAGUCCACGCCUGAAGAGGUGUCUCGGCAUAUGCCUUCUCGUGCACAGAAUGAACUUUUUUUCAUAGUAUAAUAGUUUUGUACAUAUUUUUUUGGAAAACCUAAUGUAUUUCAGGGAUUAAAUAUUUGACUAUAAGCCAUAUGUCUAAGUUUGCUUUUUUUGAUGACCAGAAAUUCUACACUUUUUCAAAAAAUUUUUUUUCUGUAAAAUUUGAAAAGGAUAGCUGAUUUAUGUUU